CGGGACCCCGUGGGUCUGUGUAGGGGUGAGUUGAGGGCGGGGGGCUCUGGUGGCUACUGCUGGGUGCCUGCAGGGCAGUACCCUACUGCCCCCCGCCCAGAGAAAGGGUGCUUUUUUAAAAGGGUUCGCUGGAGACGGGCUUUUCUUUACUGUUUAUUUAAAGCGCAAUAUACCCACUGAGCUCCGGGCAUCCCGUGUACGCCAGUGUGCACUUCUGUAAAGUCAAGGCAGUGUGUCCUGAAAGCUGUUCCCCACCCCGCACUGCAGGAGCCACGGUGCGAUUCAUCAUGGUUGCGACUAGCAGUUUAAACAGUAAAAAUUCGGCCAGCAUUUCGGAGUUGAUAGACCGUGGCUUUCCGCCUGGAAGUCUAAGUGAUUUUGACUACUGGGAUUAUGUUGUGCCAGAACCCAACCUUAAUGAAGCAGUAUUUGAAGAGACUACUUGCCAGAGCCUGGCUAAAAUGCUGGAGAAUUCCCUGUCCAAGUCCAAGCAGACCAAACUUGGCUGCUCCAAGGUUCUUGUCCCUGAGAAACUGACCAAGAGAAUAGCUCAAGAUGUAUUGCGCCUCUCUUCCCCUGAGCCCUGUGGUCUUCGAGGUUGCAUUAUACAUGUAAAUUUGGAAAUUGAAAAUGUAUGUAAGAAACUGGAUAAGAUUGUAUGUGAUUCUAGUGUGGUACCUACCUUUGAGCUUACACUGGUGUUUAAGCAGGAAAAUUGUUCAUGGUCUAGUUUCAGGGACUUUUUCUUCAGUAAAGCUCGUUUCACAUCUGGUUUUAAGAGAACUCUGAUUCUCAGUCCAGGGUUUAGGCUUGUUAAAAGGAAGCUUUACUCACUGAUUGGAACAGUCAUUGAAGAGUGCUAGAAAAAUAGAUUGUGCCACUGCUUGGUUUGAUAUCAUUUGUAGCUUGACUGGCCUCAACAAGAAACCCCAAAUUUAGCCCAUAUGACAUAUAUAUUCCUUGUUCAGCACAAUCUCAAGUGUUUUGCUCAAAAGCAUUAUCCUUGUGCCCAAAACUUUCCUCAUGGAAAUAGGCACUCUCCACUGAUUAAGGCCAUAGCCACUGAAAAGGAGGAUGAAGCUGGUGGGAACACAGUGAGCAAUCAAUUGCCUUUCAUUUGUGGAGCUCUAUCCAUCCUGGCCCAUCCUUUCAAAAAAAGGCAGGCUACUGAGUGAGCAAUUAAUUAAUUAAUUACAUCCAACCAGACAAUAUGAAUGCCAUUUUGCUUAAUUCGCUCUUAAUAAUGGCACUUUAAAAGAUCUCCAAAAUAAUCCUUGCAACUAUAUAACCUUAUUAAACAAAGCUCAGCCAAUACAAAAACUUCCGAAAGUUCAGAAAACCAAAGUUCCUAUUAUUGUAUGUUGAAGGGUUCUUAUCCUACAAGAUGGAAUCUAAAUCUGAGUUUAAUUUAAAAAUGAUUCUUGGAAAGAGCUGAUUAGGAACAUUACAGAGUCAAAAUGGCUUUGUCUUUUCUCUUGCCAUUCUCCUUCACCUUUGAAGAUAUGGAGGGGGAAACAAUCUUGCAUUAUAACUGCAAGAAAUCUGUUUUACUCAGCUUUAUUUGUAAGUACAUGCUUCGUUUUUGAAAGGUUUUAGAUUGGAGAGAGAUGAUAAAGCAGAGCAGCAGCAUGAUAAUACUAGAAAGAACACUGGCCCUGGAUUCAAAUCUUGCCAAUAAUGUGUAGUAAUUACUCAACCUUGGAUAAAUUACUUUAAGCUCCCUGACCCUCAGUUUCCUCAUCUGUAAAAUGAAGAGUCAUAGCUGUAGAGUUGGAAGAGACUUUAGAGUACUACAAAUCUAACACCAUCAUUUCAAAGAUGAGGAAACUGGGAUACAGAGAGGUAAAGAGACUUGUCCUUGAACACAUAGCUAGUAAUUGUCUGAGGCAGGAUUUGAACUUGGAGCUCUGAGUC